UCAAGUACAGUGCUGAGUAGGAUUUACAGAACUAGGUCUUGAGCAUUAAAACAAAGCCACUCGUGCAGAGAAAAUUUACAAAGCCGUGGGGAAAAGGAGAUAAAAGAGGGAAGGGCGAGAGGACUGCGCAGACAAAGACUCAAAACAGGGAAACUCCCUCCUCUUCUAAAGGCGGAGGACAAAAACCAAAGAGAGCAACCAGCAGGCUUUCAUCACAGCCUGCAAAACCAAACCUCUCCUCAGCCAUUAAUUAAUUUCCAUCAAGGCUUCAGUCACUUUGCACCUACAUCAUUUUACAGUCGAUGCGGAAUGUAAAGAGGAAGACUAUGGACAAUUAGACGGAUGUGAAAAGAAAGCAUCUGCUUGAAAGAUUGCUGAGAGAAAAUCUGGUGGACAAAAUAAAAAAUAGGUCAGUAAGAGGUAACCAUGGAAGCAGCAGGAUCACCAUGGAGGAAUUUUGUCUUGUUUACACUGAUGUUUCCAGUAAUACUGGAGGUCCACAGGGUCCUGGGCUGUCGGCUUGGCACCGGACCAGAGUGUGAGAAGGCUCCUUUUGUUCCAGGCCACAACUUGGCUGGGGAGGGGUUUGAUAUAGUGCGACUGCGUCGAACUGGAGCGUAUGUCAUUAACGUCAAAGCUCAUCUGGAUGACAACCACACCUGCACACUGUGUCCAAACAGAUUCCAGAAUGGACAGAUUCAGAGGCUCCCCGCCGCAGUGCUUGACUGGCGCCCCUUCAGCCGCUGCAGUAAGCAGCUUUCCAGUGCGCUCCACCACUCUGUGGACUCCCUGCUGCGCAGCUCCAACUCACUGGUUAACAACAACUGGGGUUUGGGGUUGAGCCUCUCCAUGAUCGGCCAGGCAGUGCUUGGAGGAAGCCGCUCAGAUUUGGCAAAGUUUGCUCGCUCACAGCACAGUGUGGACAAAGCUACAUUUGCCAUUCAUGAAAUUAGCUGCUCCUACUACAGCUACAGGCUGGCCGACCACCCCCAGCUGAGUGCAGAGUUCACCAAGCAUCUGAAGAGACUCCCGCAGAGUUUAGACACAGUCCAGAACAAAGCCCUGUACAGACGGCUCAUAGACACCUACGGGACACACUAUAUACAUCAGGUCCAGCUUGGAGGUAAAGUGAGGCGAAUCACCGCCUUCAGGACAUGCUUGGCCACUCUGAAGGGGUUCUCAGAGUCUGAAAUCAAAAACUGCCUGAAUCUUGAACUCCGCAUGGCUCUGGGUUUUCUCCCCGCCAAUGCAUCCUUCUCCAACAAGUGUGACAACCUCCUGAAGGGGAAUCUUAGCAUGGGGUUCUACCAGGGCUUCAUGACACAUAAGAUUGAGGUCAUUGGAGGGGAGAAGUAUUUCCCUGACAUCCUCUACCAGCGAGAUCCAUCCGAAGCAUACCACAGCUGGAUAAACAGCCUCCACGACAACCCAGACGUGGUUUCUUAUGCCAUCUUCCCACUGCACCAUCUGGUGGAGGACACAGAAAUCAGUGCUAACCUGAGAAGCAUGGUCACCGAUUACAUCAAAGAGAACCAGUUGGAAGAACAGCACGGUGUGAAGAAUUGCUCCCCGACUCCCAACGUGGAUCACAACUGCUGCCCUUUGAGAGCCAGCAGAGGAACUCUGAGGCUGGAAAUGCACAGAGCAGCAGGGCUGAGGGCCGACACCUUCACAAAAACAGACGCGUACGUUAAGAUCUUCUAUGGCGGCAUUUACGAAGAGACUGAAACAGUGAUGGACAACAAUGACCCAGUAUGGAACGCUACGUAUGAUUUUGGUUCAGUGGAGAUGGGUCAGGACCUGAGGCUGGAAGUCUGGGACAGGGAUGUGCUUUAUAAUGAUGUAGCAGGGAUUUGUGUUGUUUAUCCAGAGAAGGGGACCCAUUCUUUAAGCUGUCAGCUACGUAAAGGAGUUCUUUAUUUCACUUACACCGUAACAUGUGAUGCCCAUCUGACAGGGUUCAGGUGUGGACGAUAUUCUCCAAAUGCAGAGUAAACUGGAUUGUCAAAAUUCUCCUGCAAGUUUGAGCAGUCUUGUUCUACUGCACUAAACUUUUAUUAUUUUCUUUCAUAUUUUAUCAGUGUAGAUAGCUUGUUAAGUCAUGCUUUAUAUGUAAAUAUGUAGUCUGGCCACGACCCAUAGACAGAGCUUAGUUGUAAGGAUGAAAUCUACGGUUAUCUUCCUAACAGUUUUUGCACCCAGGCUAGGAUCAAUCAGAGCAACAAACAACAUGAUGUAUUUAUCACUACAAAAAGCAGCCUAAGGGGCAGUCUGCAAUACACCGUCAAAGAAGUACUUAUAUCUGCUCACGUCUCAAAGAAAAGUCCAAGUCUAAACAGAUCAAAGAUGACGCCAAAGUAAUUUCAAACAAGCACCAUUCCUGAGCUGAUCCAAUCGUUAUUUGGCUCUGUUGCAACUCUGCUGUCAUUGUAAAAAAAAAUAAAAAUCUCUGCCAUAAUAGUGCCAAGCCCACACAAUGUCUAACUACAAACACAUGGCGCUUACACAUUAGGGUCAGUACAGUCGGGUACAGGACCAGAAUUUGAUUUCACACAUGGGUCACAUAUGAGUUUUCCGUUCUGAGGUGACUUUUUUCAGACGUCUUCCCCAGAGGUCUGACUGUGACCAAAGUGACACUACAGACUGAUUGGCUGGCUGAAAUUAUGCUUACCAACUCCAAUUGGCAAGUAGAAUCAGUCAGUGGGAGGUUCCCACAUGCGCAAAUUUUCAUGCUUGAUGCUGUUAAGUCAACUUCUCUGUCUGUAGCAAGGAGCUGCAGCUCAGUGGGAAUGGGAAAAGAGAGAGAGCUGUGUGUGUGUGUGUGUGUGUGUGUGUGUGUGGCCCUGUCCUCGCUCAGAGCAGCAAAUUGCACGGAGCUCUUGCCCCAGCGAGCCGGCAGACAGCUGCUCAGUGGGAGGAGAAAGCAGAGUGUGUGUGGCCCACAGCAGCAGAGAACAAGAGUUUUAUGAGGACACACACAGCAAAUUAAUAAAAUAAUGUGGUUCAGAGUCUCUAUGCCCACCUUUGUUUAUCAUUUUAUGGAGACACCACGGACUUCCCCAUGCAUCUUAAACGCUGCCCACGGGCUCUUGGACGCAUUUCUGAGAAGUCCUUCAGAAUUGCACGUGAACACUACACUGCCUGUACGAGACUGAACGGACACGAUCCUCCCCCAACAGUACUGACCCUAAUGUGUAAGCGGCAAUAAAGGGCUGUGAUUGGGUCGGCCUACACUGAGCCGAGCUAAUGGAAAGAAGCUAGAAGAACAUGCAGAGCUAAUUAUUUUGCUGCUGCUACAUCUAGAUUACUAGGCUAGUAGAUUAAAACGUCUGAAAACAAAAGUUAUUGACUUCUCAGUUUUUCCUCAUGUCAUUUUACCAUGAUCAGUGAAAAGGUCAUUUCAAAAGUAUUUCAAAAAAUGUUUUGUAAUUUACAUGAAGUAGACAGUAUUAGAGAACAUAUUAAUCUUUGUAUAAAAUAAAGCAGACAUUUUCGCAUUCCCAAUUACCUGCUUUUGUAAAUUUUUGUAACAAUAAACCAAUGAUCUUA